AUGAAGUGGCUGGUUGCAAAUGGAGAAGAACAUGAUGCAUCAGCCUCCUCAGCGCCUACUACUUCAGAAGAGAAGGGCGGGAAUGAAGGAAUUGAGAAGACUGAGCUCAAGGGCAAGGUUGAAGAGAUUCCGCUCGCGAACCUUGUGUCGGUAUUCAAUGAUCACAUGAUGUACAUCAACAAGGCCAUUGACCCAGAAGACGAUACAACAGAAUCGCCAGAGUUUAAAGCCUGGCUCCCCAAGUACCAAGCCUACCUUCAAAAAGUGGAGGCAUAUCUUCGCAGUGUCUCAGAGGUAUACCCGACGUUGUUUCAAGACUUCAGAAACUACAUGCUGAACGAGAUUGGCGUGGACCCAGACAUUUGGGCCUUUGGAGACCCUGUUGAGUCGGAAUUGGACAGUGAUCUUCGUGAUUGGCGAAACUUCCUCUCCUCAUCGACAUCAAUGGCAUCUACCUUGACGAUCGAGGUUGGCCGGAUGAUGAAGAUUGCCCAGGGCCACCCCAUCUUUGAUGAUGGCUUUGUCGGCAUAUUUAAAACGACCCAGAAAGAGCCCAACACAGAGACGGAUAAUUUGAUCUUGUUUGAGGAUUGGGUCGGCAGCUUGUCAGGCCCCAUUGGCUUUGACGAAUUCAAGAGCUUGCACCACAAGUUCCCCUUGCCUCCAUGCGAUGGUGCACCGGACAUCAACGAUUUGUUGGAGUCGGCGGCUGAGGCAGAGGCAAUGGUGGGCGUUGACAUCAGUGCUGCCUUACGGUCUCUGCCCAGAAAGAUUUACAUGGGGGAUCUCUUCUCUGGAACCGGGAGUUGUACUUUGGUGUCAAAGACUUUGUUCGGCCAGUUGAAGAAGCUCUAUCCAGAAGAAUGCGAGGGCAUGGUGGUUCACGAGUUCAUGUGCGAAAAAGAGCCAUACAAACGCCGUUUCCUAGAAGAGGCUUUUCCAGAUGAGGACUGCUGCAUUUUCAAAGAUGCAACAGAGCUCUACACUGACAAAAGGGCUUGUGCUCGCCAUGACAAAGGAGGAGGCUGUCAAUGUGAAAUUCCGGAUGAGCUCCUGAUCCUCACAGCAGGAUUCUCUUGCAAGUCGUUCUCAAAGAUGAAUCCAGAGUAUAGCAACCUUUUGGACGCAAUCCGAACAGACAACAAGGACAGUUCUUCGGCCCAGACUUUCAAUGGUACGUGUAAGGUGCUGGAUGAGACUGAAGUUCAAGCCUUCAUCUUAGAGAAUGUGGACCUCAACGAUGACGAUGACUCCAACCUUGACAAUAUCCUCAAGGCCUUGUCGCAGAUCGGGGGUGGCUUUCGUGUCCGUGCCUUUAAACUGUACAGUACAGACUUCGGUAUCCGCAGCGUCGCUGCCGACUUUUCUUCAUCGGCUUCUCCGAGAAGUCACAGGGAGAAGCGUCCAUGGCGAAAGUUGAGCAGAUGUUGCGAGGUUUUCGUCUCAAAAGGCAAACACCCGACGCAUUCAUGCUACCUGCCAACCAUCCGGCAGUGGUUGCUGAAUGUGAGCGGCGGGCUGAUGUCAAGCUUGCCCGUGAAUGCCCUGACGAAGAUGAUGAUGGUCAAUCCCCCAAGCGUCGUAAGAGACAGACCGAAAAGGAACCCCAUGACUCCUUGGUCGAAAAGGAGACUGUCAAGUGGAAGUCACUUCACAUUGAAAUGGCUGAGAAGAGACACAAGGCUGAAUCGACUGAACUGA